AUGGCCACUCAGGUUCGACUUGCUGCCGCCCACGUCGCCCCCAUCUUUCUCUCCGCUCAAGAAACAACACACAAAGCAAUCCGCUUGAUCGAACAGGCCGCUAGAAACAAGGCAAACCUCGUCGCGUUUCCAGAAUCUUUCAUAUCUGCAUUCCCCAUCUGGAGCGCCUUGCGCCCGCCGACCGAGAACCAUGACCUCUUCCAGCGGAUGGUCCGGGAAUCCAUCCACGCAGAUGGGGAGGAGAUGCAGGCGGUUCGCGCGACCGCAAGGAAGUGCAACAUCACCGUCAGUCUUGGCUUCUCCGAAAAGGUCCGCACGAGCAGUGCGACCUUAUUUAAUUCGAAUGUGAUCAUUGGCAGUCGGGGCGACGUUCUUGUGCAUCACCGGAAACUCGUGCCGACGUUCUUUGAGAAGCUGACUUGGUCGCCUGGGGAUGGCUACGGAUUGCGGGUGGCGGAUACGGAAUUUGGCAAGAUUGGAGGUCUUAUCUGUGGGGAGAAUACUAACCCUCUGGCUCGAUAUGCUCUCAUCGCCCAGGGCGAGCAGAUCCAUAUCUCGACCUGGCCAGCCAUAUGGCCGACCCGGUUGCCAUCGCAAUCUGCGAUGGAAAAGCACAAUCCACAGCCCGAUGCGACAGGGAAGGCAAACUAUGACAAUGUCGCCGCGAACAGAAUCCGCGCGGCCGCCCAUUGCUUCGAAGCGAAAUGCUUUGGGAUUCUCUGCGCCGGGCUAUUGGGACCCGAUGCGAUUGAUAUCGUUUCCUCUGGUUCGUCUGGCCUAAAACAGUCCCUGGAGCAAUCCCAAGGAGCGGCGACUAUGUUUCUCGACCCAACCGGGGCGCCGAUACGGGGGUUUCGGAUAGAUGAGGCUACGUCAGCUCAGCAUUCUGUCGAUUUCCUACAAGCUCGGGAAGGGAUACUGUACGCCGAUGUUAAUUUGGCCGACUGUAUCGAGGGGAAACAAUACCACGAUACCGCCGGUGGCUACCAGCGGAUGGACGUCUUUAAUCUCCAGGUAAAUCGGACCCGUCAACAACCGUUGAGGAUAGUGAUCUUCGGUCACAAGUCCAACGCAAGCUUAGUAGCGACAAUGACAUCCGCCGAGCAAACCCACUUCCCCGUGGCCACGCCCGGACCUCACACUGUGCGUGUCGCCGCCGUGCAAGCGGAAGGCUGCUACUUCGAUCUGCCUGCCGCCGUGCUGAAGACCCGUGACCUGAUUGUCGAAGCUGCCCAGAAAGGCUGCGACUUGAUCGCUUUCCCGGAGGUCUGGAUUCCUCAGUACCCCGGGUGGAUUUGGCAACGACCCAUUGACUUCGAAAUGGUCUCCGAGUACAUGAGGCAUAGCCUCCGGCGUGACUCACCUGAGAUGCGUACAAUCCAGGAUUGUGCCGCAUCCCACAACAUUGCCGUCUGUUUGGGCUACUCCGAAAACGACAACGACUCUCUGUACCUGUCGCAGUCGUUUAUUGGCAAGGAUGGGGCGAUCAAGAUGCAUCGCCGCAAGGUCAAACCCACUCACGUAGAACGUACGAUCUAUGGAGAGGGCAGCGGCAGCUCCUUGAUGAACGUCGUCGACGAGCCUGACGUGGGCCGCGUAGGUGCCCUGUCCUGCUGGGAGCACUCGCAGCCUUUGCUCCGCUACCACACAUACUCUCAGGGAGAGCAGAUCCACGUGGCGGCCUGGCCCCCGAUGAAUCACUACAGCUCGUUCCCAGAUGGUAGUGCCUUGUGGUCGCAAUGUCGUGAAGGUGCCCACAACUUGUCCACCACCCACGCUAUUGAAGGAAACUGCUUUGUAGUUCUAGCCUCUUCUUUCUACACCAAAACUGGUAUUGAAAGAAUGAACCUGGGCGAUGGCAAGCUAUACCACAUUGGAGGUGGUGGUUGUGCUUGCAUUAUCGGUCCUGACGGCCGGAAGUUGACGCAGGACCUGGGCGAGGAGGAAGAAGGUCUCGUCAUUGCGGACCUGGACUUGAACGAGAUUAAAAAGGUCAAGGCCAUGUUGGACGUCCACGGCCAUUAUAGUCGCCCCGACCUGCUGUGGUUGGGGGUUGACAACCGGGAGAAGAGGCAGGUCCGUGCCGAGGCUGAGGUCAAGGGAACGUAUGUGUAA